GUCGUGUCAAAGGUUGAGCACAUUGCUCUGCGCGGUAGUGUGUUUCAUUCAGCACACAGGAAUGAAUGAAACUUUACUGCAAAAAGAAAUCUAGAGAGAAAAUAAAAUAGCUUUUAGGCGAAGACAGUGUUGACUGUCUUGUUUUUCUACCCACGGUGUAAUAAAGGAAGUAAAUCUUACUGGAGGUAAGUUUGAAGGGUUAUCUUCGUAAUAAGCUAAAGCUAGCAGCUAGCUCACAGUUGUAAGAAAUAGUCACAUUAGCAGGUAAAGUCAGCUGAAAUGUGAUCGGCACCUUCCUGGUGAAAUUUCCUAACACCCUUUUCUUCUGUUACUUUUUAAGCUCUGUGUUAGUAAUUUUAUCUCUCUUUCCAAGUUGACAGGUUUAGAGCAGGAUGGCUGGAAUUCUGUUUGAGGAUAUCUUUGAUGUAAAGGACAUCGAUCCAGAUGGCAAGAAAUUUGACAGAGGUUUGUGAAAUGAAGUUAUUGUUUUAAGAGAUAAUGUUAAAGGAGGCACAGCACCCAGGUACACUUAAAUGCUUGAUAAUAGUGAUAGUAGUGAGUCUGUUUUUUGCAUAAAAUCAGGUUAAAUAUUUAUUUCUUGAUCCCGAUCAUUUUUCACUUAACCUGAAUGUUUUCUGACUUAUUUGCUGUAGUAUCUCGUCUGCAUUGUGAAAGUGAGUCUUUCAAAAUGGACCUUAUCUUGGACGUGAACAUUCAGAUCUAUCCUGUUGAUCUUGGUAAGAAGCCACUGUGAUGUCCCUUUUUGAUAUAAAUGGAAGAGAUUGUAAACCAGUAAUAAUUGUUUUCAUCCAGCAUCACGUUCUAAACCCACCUUGCAUGUAUCCUGCUCAAAACAAAUCAGUUAUCUUUCUGUAUGUCGUCACUGUAGAUUUGCACCUUUGAAAUGUGAAACUGUAUUAAUUUUUGAAGAGAUGGUCACAUUUUUAGUUCGGUUAUCAUUUGCACCUUUGCUGUGUGACUUAAACUUUUAGAAACUUGUAAGGAAAUUGCUGUGUGUUAGAUUGAUCCUUCUUAUCAUGCUCUCACUUUCAAGGUGACAAGUUCAGAUUGGUUAUCGCCAGCACGUUAUAUGAAGACGGAACACCAGAUGACGGAGAGUACAAUCCUCAGGACGACCGGCCAUCAAGGUAAGACAUUUUCCCGUCACAUUAUGAUGUAACAGUAUUGACAGAUGCCAUUAUAUGCCAGUAUUAUAAAGGUAGUUGUAAAUUUGUGCAUUUUAUUACCUUUUUCAUGUGUGUAAUGCACUAUUGACUACAUUAUUGAAUUCCUGCUGUAACUUAACUUUGGGUUUUUUUCAGGGCGGACCAGUUUGAUUAUGUGAUGUAUGGGAAGGUUUACAAGAUUGAGGGUGAUGAGACUUCAACAGAGGCAGCGACACGACUGUAAGUGAUUUUCCAUUGUUUAAAUAAAACUUGUUGUUUUAAUUUGUAUACUAAGUCUCAUUUUACGUUAUUAUUAAACUUCAUAUCCAAAUACACUGUAGUGUUUACUCUUACAUGUGGCUCAUUGAUAUUUUGGAACUUGAAUACAAACAUCUAAUUUUAAAAAACAUUAAUCAAAAAUCAACGCUCAUUUGCUGCCCCUUUUAUGUAAGUCUGUUACUUCAAUUAAAGGAUUACAUUUUGUAGGGUGGUGAAUACAUUAUAAGUAAUGCACUGUUCUCAGUUAUCAUCAUUUGUGUGUCAGAUUUGAUUAAAUUAUUCUCAACUUUGAUUGGUUUAGUCUUAAUCAUGUUCUUUAUUUAGCUCCGCCUAUGUGUCUUACGGCGGUCUCCUCAUGAGGCUGCAAGGAGAUGCAAACAACCUUCACGGCUUCGAGGUGGACUCCAGGGUCUACCUCCUCAUGAAGAAACUGGCCUUCUAAAACCCAGCCCUGCUCGCCAGUAUACCCAGGCCCUUCCUCUACCACAGUUCAACCGAAGUCAAACAGAACUCCGUACUUAAUACUUCUGUAUUUUAUAGUGGCGAGCACAAGACCCUCACCAGGAGCUGCUCCCUGACAGCAAACACAGACUGGAGAAGAUGCAUUUAGUUUUUUAUAACCAUAGUUUCAAAAUGUUUCCUCCGAGGAAAUGGACUACAGAUUAAAGACUGUGACACUUCAAACAGCAACAACCUCCAUCUUUGUCAAACUGUAAAUAAAGAUUUUUUUUCUACGAAUUCUCAUUCAGUGACCUGGAUUCAAUCAGUAAAGGUUUUUUUAUUUCUUC